ACUGCUUUGGUUCCUGUUUCCAAUGUCUUAUUUCUAAUUGAAAAAAAAUAACAAAUAAAAGAAAAAGGGGGAUAACCGGCGUCCUCUCAACUCGCUCCAGCACUAGUUGUAAGCUGUACAAUUCCUUGGCUUCCCUCCCUACAGCGCGCGCAGCGAAUAAAAGUUUUACGGACUCGCCGGUAUGGAUCACUUCUGCUUUUAAGGGACAAACACGUGCAGCAGCAGCAGCAGCAUUUUGGAGAAGGUUGCCGCCUAGUGAUGCCAGGACUGUGAGCAUCAUAAUGCGUGGCACGUGGUCAGGGGCCACACCCCUCCUCAUGAUGGUUCUGCUCAGGCUGGCUCAGGCUGAAGAGGUUCCGGUAGUCCCAGAGACUGGAGUCGCACAGGAAGGAGCCAGCGAAGGGGCAACAACAGCUCCUACCAGCGAACACGAGGAUGACAACUCUCUGGGCUACACAGGAUCCCGUCUGCGCCAAGAAGACACCCCACCCCGGAUUGUGGAGCACCCCUCUGACCUGAUUGUCUCCAAAGGGGAACCAGCUACCCUUAACUGUAAAGCAGAGGGGCGGCCGACCCCUACAGUGGAGUGGUACAAGGAUGGAGAGCGGGUGGAAACGGACAGGGACAAUCCCCGAUCUCAGCGCAUGCUGCUUCCCAGCGGCUCGCUCUUCUUUCUACGCAUUGUCCAUGGACGACGGAGCAAACCGGAUGAAGGUUCCUACGUUUGUGUUGCCCGAAACUACCUGGGAGAGGCAGUGAGUCACAACGCCUCGCUGGAAGUAGCCAUUCUACGUGACGACUUCAGACAAAACCCUGCAGAUGUGAUCGUGGCAGCAGGAGAGCCGGCGGUCCUCGAGUGUCAACCUCCACGUGGACACCCUGAACCCACCAUAUCCUGGAAAAAAGAUGGAGUGAACAUAGACGACCGAGAUGAGAGAGUCACGAUACGUGGAGGAAAGCUCAUGAUCACAAAUGCCAGGAAGAGUGACGCCGGGAAGUACGUUUGCGUCGGCACAAACAUGGUCGGAGAACGAGAAAGUGAAAUAGCAGAACUUACAGUGCUUGAGCGUCCCAGCUUUGUGCGUCGCCCAGGCAGCCAGGUGGUAUUAGUGGACCAAAGUGUGGAGUUCAGGUGCGAGGCCCGAGGUGACCCAGUUCCCACCGUUCGCUGGAGGAAAGAUGAUGGUGACCUACCUAAAGGAAGAUAUGAGAUCCGUGAAGACCACACCUUGAAGAUCCGUCGUCUAACCUCGGCAGAUGUGGGCUCCUACAGCUGUGUGGCAGAGAACAUGGUCGGCAAGGCGGAGGCAUCGGCCACGCUCACCGUCCACGUCGUGUCUGUGCCCCCAGCAUUUGUGGUGAGACCAAGGAACCAGGUGGUUGGCGUUGGCAGAACUGUCACCUUCCAGUGCGAAGCCACUGGAAACCCACAGCCAGCCAUUUUUUGGCAGCAGGAAGGCAGCCAGAACCUGCUCUUCUCCUACCAGCCUCCUCAGCCCUCCAGCCGGUUGUCUGUAUCUCAGACUGGGGACCUGACCAUCACUGAUGCUGAACGCUCAGACAUGGGAUACUACAGUUGUCAGGCCCUCAACAUAGCAGGCAGUGUCAUCACAAAGGCUCUGCUAGAGGUCACUGAUGUUGUGUCCGACCGCCCGCCACCAGUAAUCCAGCAGGGCCCUUCCAAUCAGACAGUAGCUGUGGACGGCACAGUGGUUCUCAACUGUGUGGCAUCAGGAAACCCUGUCCCCACCAUCCUGUGGAGGAAGGACGGUGUCUUGGUGUCCACACAUGACUCCAGGAUCAAACAGCUGGACACUGGUGCAUUGCAGAUUCGCUAUGCCAAGCUUGGUGACACUGGCACCUACACCUGCAUCGCCUCCACGCCCAGCGGAGAGGCCUCAUGGAAAGCCUUCUUGGAGGUCCAUGAGUUUGGAGUCCAAGUCCAGCCAAACAGACCCACUGACCCAAACCUGAUCCCCAGUGCUCCUUCCAAACCUGAGGUCACUGAUGUCACCCGCACCUCCGUCACCCUCUCCUGGAAACCCAACCUGAAUGCUGGAGCCACACCCACCUCCUAUAUUGUAGAAGCCUUCAGUCAUGCAUCAGGGAGCAGCUGGCAGACCUUGGCAGAGCAUGUGAAAACAGAGUCAUUUGUACUAAAGGGCUUGAAGCCCAGCGCAGUCUACCUCUUCUUAGUACGGGCAGCCAACGCCUACGGGCUGAGUGAUCCCAGUCCUAUCACUGAAGCUGUGAAAACACAAGAUAUCCCUCCAACUAGUCAGGGCGUGGAUCAUCGUCAGAUACAAAGGGAGUUGGGAGAAGUGGUUAUCCACCUGCACAACCCCACCAUUCUCUCCUCGUCAUCUGUCAGGGUGCAGUGGACAGCAGAGCAGCAGUCGCAGUACAUCCAGGGCUACAAGGUGAUGUACAGGCCUUCUCCGGAGGGGCUGCAGAGGAGCGAGUGGGCCGUGUUUGAGGUCCGCACCCCUGGGGAGGACAGCGCUGUCGUGCCACAGCUUCGCAAGGGAGUCACAUAUGAAUUCAAAGUCCGCCCCUUCUUCAAUGAAUUCCAGGGAACAGACAGCGAUGUCAAAAUUGGCAAGACGCUGGAGGAAGCCCCCAGCGCCCCUCCCCGCGAGGUUACAGUGACAGAGAGCGGGGACAAUGGGACCGCCGUCCUGGUCUCCUGGCAACCUCCUCCAGAAGAGGAGCAGAAUGGGGUGGUCCAGGAGUACAAGAUUUGGUGUUUGGGGAACGAGAGCAGGUACCACAUCAACCGCACAGUUGACGGCUCAACCUUAUCCGUGCUGAUUCCCAGUCUAGCCGCUGGGAUUCGAUACAGCGUGGAGGUAGCAGCCAGCACCGGGGCAGGUCCUGGGGUCAAGAGCGACAUCACCUUCUUCCAGCUUGAUGCAUCCGGGCGCAUGACAGAGAGCGUGAUCCACGAGAACCCUCUGUCCCAGCAGAUCUCCGAUGUGGUCAAGCAGCCAGCUUUCAUAGCAGGCAUCGGAGCUGCCUGCUGGAUCAUCCUCAUGGUGUUCAGCAUCUGGUUGUAUAGACACCGAAAGAAAAGGAACGGCCUCUCCAGCAGCUAUGCAGGCAUCCGCAAAGUGCCAUCCUUUACAUUCACACCUACAGUGGCGUAUCAGAGAGGUGGAGAAGGUGUUAGCAGUGCUGGAAGGCCUGGUUUGCUGAACAUCGGGGAAUCAGCCACACAGCCUUGGUUAGCUGACACAUGGCCCAACUCCUGCUCCAACCACAACGAUUGCAGCAUCAACUGCUGCACUGCAGGCAACGGCAACAGCGACAGCAACCUGGCAACAUACAGCCGACCAGCCGACUGCAUCGCCAAUUAUAACAGCCAGAUGGAAAACAAGCAGACCAACCUCAUUGUGCCAGAGUCAGGAGUCUAUGGAGAUGUAGACUUGUCCAACAAGAUCAAUGAGAUGAAGACCUUCAACAGCCCCAACCUGAAAGAGGGACGCUUUGUGGGUCCGGGGGGACAGCCGACGCCGUACGCCACCACCCAGCUCAUCCAGUCUGCCAUCAUGGGAAACAACAUCAACGCAGACAGAGGAAUUGGCGGGAGCGGAGGAGGAGGAGGACUUGGAGUUGGAGUUGGAGGGGAGAUGAACGAGAAACACUGCUGGAAGCCCACCUCAGUCCAGCAGCAGAAACAGGACAUGGCCUCCCAGCUGCAGUACAACAUCAUGGAGCAAAACAAGCUGAACAAGGAUCGCUACAGAGGAGGGGACAGCCCGAUGCCAGCCACCAUCCCCUACAACCAGACACACGACAGUCACACUGGAGGCUCCUACAACAGCUCCGACCGAGGCAGCAGCAGCACCUCCGGGAGCCAGGGUCAUAAGAAGGGAGUGCGCACCCCCAAACUACCAAAACAGAGCACAAUGAAUUGGGCUGACCUCCUGCCCCCUUCCCCUGCAAACCCACCCCCCAGCCGAAGCACAGAGGAGUACUCUUUGUCGAUGGAAGAAAGCUGUGACCCAGACAUGCAGUGCCCCAUGCCCCCCUCUCACAUGUACCUGCAGCCAGACGAGCUCGAGGAGGAAGAGGAGAUGGAAAGGGGUCCCACUCCUCCCAUCCGAGGGGCAGCCUCUUCACCUGCUGCUGUAUCUUACAGCCACCAGUCCACAGCUACCCUUACACCAUCACCCCAGGAGGAGAUGCAGCCGAUGCUCCAGGACGCACCGGAUAGCCAUGAACGCAGGCGCCACGCUGUGAGCCCCCCUCUGCAGCCCCUCUCCCCAUCACACACAUAUGGGUACAUCACCAGCCCGUUGGCCUUGGACACUGACGGCAUGGAGGAGGAAGAUGAUAUAUUGGAAGAAGAGGAGGAGGAGGAGGAGGAGGGUGACGAUACAGAUGCAGAGGUGGCCAAGAUGCACUACCACCACACACACCCCCACACACACCCCCACCAUCCCCAGAUGCAUCCGAGGAGGUUGCUGCUACGAGGGCUGGAACAGACGCCCGCGUCCAGCAUGGGCGACCUGGAGAGCUCGGUGACCGGCUCCAUGAUCAACGGGUGGGGGUCGGCUUCUGAAGAGGAUAAUGUCUCUUCAGGGAGGUCCAGUGCUGUCAGCUCAUCAGAUGGAUCCUUCUUCACUGAUGCUGAUUUUGCUCAGGCUGUGGCAGCAGCGGCAGAAUAUUCUGGCCUCCGGGUGGCCAAAUAUCCGAACACACAGGGCCACGAAGUAGGAGGAGCUUCAGCACGAAAAUACCAAAUAAACCAGUCAGGCCACCGUCCUGGUAGCCCGGUGUCCACAGACAGUAACAUGAGUAUGGCAGCUGUACACAGGAGGCCUCCGAAGAAGCAGAAACAGCAUCCUGUAGGACACCCAGGGAACCCACGACGUGAAGUCUAUAAUGAAGAUCUCCCUCCUCCCCCCAUCCCUCCUCCAGCAGUGCUAAAGUCGCCCACACACCCCUCAAAGGCUGCCCUGGAGGGGAGAGGAGUAGUUUCUCCCAAAACCGGUGAGGGUCGAGACAAGAGAGGGGGGACGGGAAGCUAUCGACCCCGAGACGGCUCAGACACCAGAACCAGCUCAUCUGAGCGCAAAGACGCUCAGGAGAGACAAAAGACUGCUCACGGGGGGAAAGGGAAUAAACAUGAGGGUAGCAUGGCCAACAAGGCACGCCAACACGCAGGUUCAGAGGAUAUUUUGCCCUACAGCCGACCACAGUUCCCCACAGUCAACAGCCCUCGAGACCCCAGCUCCUCCAGCUCCAUGUCCUCCAGGGGCUCAGGGGGCCGGCGGAGAGGAGAGGGAGGCCGCAGGAACCCUGCAGACAUGGGCCACAACACCACGGGGGCCUUCGCACCAGGAGAUGAAGAGCUUGAGAUGGUAGAAAGCUGAAGAACAGGGGAGAAAAACAAGGAACUGUCCUGAUUUUUCCAAGAGUGGAGCACCAUUGUUUCUCUUACAAUUUUAAAUAUCUCAGUAUUUCACCAUCAUAUUUGCUGCCAUCAGUAGUGUUUCUUUACAUCUGGAAAACAGACCAAUUGUUUUUUUUUCUAACUUAUCAUUUUCUAUGUCCAUUUAAAAAAAAAAAAAAAAGGAAAGCGUGUCUGAAGACAAAGGAAUGGUGCAUUCAAAACAAAAUACGCAGUAGUAUAUUUAUGUUUAAUUCCAAUGCAAUAUGGAGUGCAAUCCUACUCCAGACAUUGACAUGACUCGGCUUGCCUUCGACCAGAACUGUGUGAGCCCAUACAGUCACAUGUUACUGUAAUAAAAAAUAGCUGCAAGCAGAGAGAGGGGCGGACUGUCUGUAAAUAUACGUGUAAACAUGAUGUCUUCUUGUUUUACCCAUCGUGGUACCUCAAAUUUGUCUUCCAUGUUUUUAUUUUGCGAAAUUCUAAUUUUAUUAUGCCAGUAAAUAUAAUUAUUAUUUUAUCAUUUCCAUCCAUGUUGUAAAUGCUAUAUUAUUUAGCUGCCCCAAGAAAGUGCCACUUUGGGAUUUUUUUUUUUCUUUGGUUUUGUUUUUUUGUAAUGCACUGUUAUGUUUUGUGUUGUCGUCAAUGUUUGUUAUUUGUUUUACUUUGGUUUUAAAAGCACAAUCACUAAACUUUAUUUUAAACCAUUCUAUCUAUUAACCUUUUUGUCUUACUGGAGGAAAACAGGUAUGACAAAAGAGUCUAGUUAAUCCCGAUGAUGAUGAUGAUGAUGAUGAUGAUGAUGAUGAUGAUGAUGUAGGUAAAGGUUGCUGUUUACGAAGGCUGUACUUGAAAGGAGACUCCUUGCGUUGUGAUUGUCUCCCUCUCCAGUUCUGACGCUAGCUCAAGUGAUGAAAAAGACAGUUAAUGUGAGUCAUAGCUGCAAUGUAAAUAUCUUUUUUCGCAUUGACCAUAAAACUCAGCUAUUGCACAUUAAUGGAAAAAACAGUUUUAUUGUCUACUAAUGCACUUACACGAAUGUCAGAGACAGGAACGAAGAGUCACUUUGGGAAUCUGGAGAGGUUGUAAUUGGACAAGAAGAGUCUCUUUUCUUGACAGGGCAGGGGUGGAGGACCCCUGUUUUUAAGGAGAAAAGGGUGCUGUUGUUUAUUCAUAAGACAUCUGCAAACAUUUGUUUCGUAAAGCAAAAAAGCAAAAAGAACUAAAAAAAAAGAGAUGAAUAAAAAAGUUCAAACUACA